AGACGAAACAGACAGUAGAUAAAUAGCCUGAUACUUGCCAGAGGUACAAGACAGAUGGGAGAAAGACCAGCGAGCCGGCAGAGACAGACAGCUCAGGGACAGAUAAGAUCGACAGAUGAGGGGCAGGUAGACAAGCACCGAGGGAGACAGGCCGGCAGGCUGAAGAUUCCAGUGUCCUCCGGAGAGCUUUUCCACUCGGAUCUCCUGUCCCCCUGGAGGUCCCCUCUCAACAUGGAUUUGCCUUUUGGGCCCUCAGGGCUGGGCUACCCCAGUCGCUGGAGGGCCCAUAGCUGUGGGCCUGAUGGAAGCAUUGACCGGCCUGAGACACGUGGCUGGGCCCCAAGCCGCCACCUGGGUGCCCCUGCUCCCUGCCUUGGCCGGAGUGAAGCGGCUGGACCUGCAGCAACUUUUGUGCCUGUAGCCUUGCAGUGGCUUUCGAAGACCCGCUGGGAAUUCCUCCCAUCCCAUAGGGGCUGCAAAGCUGGGCAUGGAAGAUGCUGGGAGAGGAGAUGCUCGCCCCCCCCCCCCCAAAGAGAGCCUGGAGCCUCGGAGCCUGCAUUUGGCCUGGGUGGAAAAGAGAUUUCUGAAGGGGGAAAGCAGGGAGUAGGGAAUUAGAAGCAGAAGAAGUGGCUCCAAAGAAACUUAUGUGGAACCUUUCUGUCCCACACACUGACCCCAACGGAAGCCAACGUUGGUCUGGAACACAGCUAAAAAUACAGAAAAUGUGAUUAGGAACUGCAGGAUCCCGGUCCCACUGAUGGCAGGAGAGAAAACGGCUUCUAUAUUCAGCCGGAAUCUUUCCACUCAACAAACACGGGGUUCCGGGCUUGAGAGGAGAAGGUCUGGUUUGUGGAAACCGGCACUGCUGUCCCCGGAAGCUGGCUUGGCGCGGAGCUGGGUGGGUGCUGGCCGCCCUGGGUCCUGAAGCGCCUGGCGCUCUUUGGAGAGGGUCAGGUUCAGCACCGCGAACAGCGGUCUCCCCCGUCUCUCCCCCUCCCAGGCAGCCCGCGGUCCCUCCUCCUCUCACUGCCCUCUCCACCACCACCACACCCGCCGCCGCCUGGAAGUGGGCAGUGACCGCCCCUCCUCCGCCUCCAUACCCCUCCCUGCGCUGCCCCCGCCCGCCCGCGUGCGUGCGCGGCUGAGUAGAGGGGCGGCCGGUCCCCGAAGUCCGGGCUUCAGGACCCCGGCCAGCAGGGCGGGCGGCGAGGGUAGCGGAAGGCGUCUGAAAGCCUGGAGCUGGCGAUGGCUUUGCUGUGUGGCCUUGGGCAAGUCGCUCUCCGUCUCUGGGUUCCCCCUCCUCCCCAGUCCGAAUACAGGAUUGGGUUCCUAGCUGCUUCUCUGUUUCGCAGGAGCGGCGGCAUGGAGGCUCUCACCACUCAGCUGGGGCCGGGGCGCGAGGGCAGCUCCUCGCCCAACUCCAAGCAAGAGCUGCAGCCUUACUCGGGCUCCAGCGCUCUCAAACCCAACCAGGUGGGCGAGACGUCGCUGUACGGGGUGCCCAUCGUGUCUCUGGUCAUCGAUGGCCAGGAGCGCCUGUGCCUGGCGCAGAUCUCCAACACGCUCCUCAAGAACUACAGCUACAACGAGAUCCACAACCGCCGCGUGGCCCUGGGCAUCACGUGCGUGCAGUGCACGCCGGUGCAGCUGGAGAUCCUGCGCAGGGCCGGAGCCAUGCCCAUCUCCUCGCGCCGCUGCGGCAUGAUCACCAAGCGCGAGGCCGAGCGCCUGUGCAAGUCGUUCCUGGGCGAGCACAAGCCGCCUAAGCUGCCCGAGAACUUUGCCUUCGAUGUGGUGCACGAGUGCGCCUGGGGCUCGCGCGGCAGCUUCAUCCCCGCGCGCUACAACAGCUCGCGUGCCAAAUGCAUCAAGUGCGGUUACUGCAGCAUGUACUUCUCGCCUAACAAGUUCAUCUUCCACUCGCACCGCACGCCCGACGCCAAGUACACCCAGCCCGACGCCGCCAAUUUCAACUCGUGGCGCCGCCACCUCAAACUCAGCGACAAGUCGGCCACGGAUGAACUGAGCCACGCUUGGGAGGACGUCAAGGCCAUGUUUAACGGCGGCACGCGCAAGCGGACCUUCUCGCUGCAAGGAGGCGGCGCAGGCGGCGCGAACGGCGGGUCGGGUGGGCAGGGGAAGGGCGGCGCCGUCGGCGGCGGAGGCAGCGGCGGUGGCCCGGGGUGUGGCGCGGAGAUGGCCCCAGGCCCGCCGCCACACAAAAGCCUGCGCUGCGGCGAGGAGGAGGCUACCGGGCCUCCGGGGCCGCCGCCUCCCCACCCUCAGCGCGGACUUGGCCUAGCAGCGGCAGCAGGCCCAGCCGGCCCCGGAGGGCCGGGGGGAAGCGCCGGCGUCCGCAGCUACCCGGUGAUUCCGGUGCCCAGCAAAGGCUUUGGACUCUUGCAAAAGCUGCCCCCGCCGCUCUUCCCGCAUCCGUACGGUUUCCCCACAGCCUUCGGCCUGUGCCCCAAAAAGGACGACGCGGUGUUAGGUGCGGGCGAGCCGAAGGGCGGCCCUGGCAGCGGGGGCGGCGGGGGCGGUGCGGGCGGCGGCAGCGGCGGCGCUGGCGGCCCGGGAGCCGGGCACUUGCCCCCGGGGACCGGGGCGGGCCCGGGCGGCGGUGCCAUGUUCUGGGGACAUCAGCCCUCCGGAGCAGCUAAGGACGCGGCGGCGGUGGCUGCAGCGGCCGCCGCCGCCACCGUGUAUCCGACGUUCCCCAUGUUCUGGCCCGCGGCAGGCAGCCUCCCGGUGCCGCCCUACCCGGCAGCGCAGAGCCAAGCCAAGGCCGUAGCGGCCGCCGUGGCGGCGGCAGCGGCGGCGGCGGCGGCGGCCGCGGGCGGCGGAGGCCCGGAGCCCCUGGACGGUGCCGAGCCAGCCAAAGAGGGCGGCCUCGGCGCGGAGGAGCGCUGCCCGAGCGCUCUUUCCCGAGGACCGCUGGACGAGGACGGUGCGGACGAGGCGCUGCCUCCGCCCCUGGCCCCGCUACCGCCGCCGCCGCCGCCGCACGCACGCAAAGGCUCCUACGUGUCGGCCUUCAGGCCUGUGGUCAAAGACGCCGAGAGCAUUGCCAAGCUCUAUGGCAGCGCCCGUGAGGCGUACGGCGCCGGACCUGCUCGUGGGCCCGGGCCGGGCGCGGGGACCGGCGGCGGCUACGUGAGCCCGGACUUUCUGAGCGAGGGCAGCUCCAGCUACCAUUCUGCCUCGCCCGACGUGGACACCGCGGACGAGCCCGAGGUGGACGUGGAGUCCAACCGCUUCCCCGACGAAGAGGAGGGCGCCCAGGACGAGGCCGAGCCCAGCGCCCCCAGCACUGCAGGUGGCCCGGACGGCGACCAGCCCGCUGGGCCCCCGGCCGCAGUCGCGGGCGUGGACGGCCUGGCAGACUCCCCCGAGGGCGGCAGCCCCCACCCCCGGCGCCGCCUGGGGCCACCCCCCGCCGGCCGGUCCGCAUUUGGGGACCUGGCGGCCGACGACGUGGUGCGGAGACCCGAGAGGAGCCCGCCAAGCGGUGGCUACGACCUGCGAGAGCCUUGCGGGUCCCUGGGAGGUCCCGCGCCCGCCAAGGUGUCCGCGCCGGAGAGGGACGAGUACGCGAAGAGCGCUGCGGCGGCGGCGGCGCUGGGGCCCACGGCCUCCUUUCUCUGCGCCCCCGAGACCCACGAGCCAGAUAAGGACGACAAUCACUCGACCGCCGACGAUUUGGAAACCAGGAAAUCCUAUCCAGACCAAAGGAGUAUCUCCCAGCCAAGUCCCGCAAACACAGACCGAGGCGAAGAUGGGCUCACUCUGGAUGUCACAGGAACUCAGCUGGUGGAGAAAGACAUCGAAAACCUGGCCAGAGAUGAAUUGCAGAAACUGCUCCUGGAGCAAAUGGAACUCCGAAAGAAGCUGGAGCGAGAAUUUCAGAGUCUCAAAGAUAAUUUUCAGGAUCAGAUGAAGAGGGAAUUGGCUUAUCGAGAAGAAAUGGUGCAACAGCUGCAAAUUGUCAGAGAUACGCUGUGUAACGAACUGGACCAGGAGCGGAAGGCGCGCUACGCCAUCCAGCAGAAAUUAAAAGAAGCCCACGACGCCCUGCACCACUUCUCCUGCAAGAUGCUCACGCCCCGUCACUGCACUGGCAACUGCUCCUUCAAACCCCCGCUGUUGCCCUAGGGCCGGCCCCGCCGCGCCCCCCGCGCCUUCAAGCCAUGCUGCUCCUUCCUGUACGCACCCGCGGCGGCCCAGAGUGAGGAACAAGCCAUUCGGACCCGACCGAUGUACAUACAGCCGCCCGUCCGCCCACCCUCCUCCCGGGCGCACGGGGCCCUGCCCGCCCCCGACGGGGCGUCCCAGGCCCAGUCCCGGGGCCGUCUCGGAACCCCCGGCGUGAAAGCCGCCCGGACCCUCUGUGGAACUCCAGGGCAUCGGACCUCCAGGGGUUCCCCGGACCCGCGGAGGAAGGCGGGGAGCGGAGGUCGCCCGCCCCGCCCCCGCGUGCGGCUGGGGACCCGGGUUGUGAACACUGAGUAGCAACCUCGCUGGCGCGGGCGUCGCGCCCCCGCCCCGCCCACGUGUGAAACUCUCGUUCCUAACGACACAGUGGCUAUGUGCAAUGGAUCUAAGCGUACUGCGAGUCUCUUGGUUCAGUAUUAGGUUCACUCUAAUUUAUUUACGCUCUAAGUUAUGUUGCUUCCUUCCCCCUCGCCUCGGUUUUAUACUCCCCGUUGGGAUUCUUGCUUUGUCUAUUUUUGGUUGUAAUCUCUCGACCUAACAGCACUUUAAAAGGGCGACAACUGACUCAACUGGAUGGCGACCACCUUGAGCCUGUUUGGGGAGACCACCCUGUAUCCGUGACUUUUGUUUUUAAUAAUAAUAACAACAAUAAUAAAAAGCUC